AUCCAUCUCUCCCUGGACACUGUCUAUGUCCGCUGCUCUAGUUCGGUGCCGCUGCCGAUACCUACGAUGACUCUAUUUGCUCGGGCGGGCUCAGCCUCAAUGGUUUCCUACUACAUAAUAGACUCACUGCAACAUGGAGUAGCUGCCAUCAAUCCACGAUUCCAUUGUUAAAUUUCAUAUACUUUGAUACACGCUCACCGUAGGCUUGCGUCCACUUGCCUAGCACCACUUGAGGUCCUCUGGCCCGCCAUCAAACAUUGGAAAUCAACAACUUCGGCAAGGCUGAAAGCUCUCCCGGCCACCUCAGACAGUGUUGAACUGCCGCCUUUGGCCAUGGCCUUCCGUCUCGAUUCCAGAGCAACGGCCGUUGCCAUCAUCCCGCCAGCGCAUCUCCACAGCUCCAUAAACGACAUUCGUAGCGUACAUGACAAAGCUUACAACAUCUGGCCACCCCACGUCAACAUUCUCUACCCCUUCGUGGACCCAGCAAGGCUCUCGGAUGCUGUGCAGCUACUUCGAAAUAGCCUAUUCCAUGGCACAAACAACAUCAGCGACAUCAACGUAACUAUUACCGACGCCGACUUGUUCCGACAUCGCAAAAAGGCGACUGUAUGGCUGAAGCCUGCGCAGCACUCGGAAGACGCAUUGAGGCUGCUUAGAAAAAGGCUUACAGAGGCGCUUGGGUGUGAAGAGCGUGAGGGAACGCAUGCUGGCGAAUUCAGCCCUCAUCUUUCAAUUGGACAAGCUGCAUUGAACGAUGCCCUUAUUGCGAACCUAAUUCAGAAGGCCGCAAAGCUCGCAGGUUUGGAGUGGCAGUGCGUAAGCGCGGUUGUUUUGAAGCGUGAACCAUCUGGGGAGAUGACCAUCGUGGAGGAACUGCCCUUUGGAGCGAAAUACUCAACCUCAACACUGGAAUCCAAGACCUCGACUCAAGAUUUUGGAUGGCGAACAUGCCAUUCAUUCACGCCCGAGUGUGGAUGGACGCGGUCGUUCUGGCACAAAAAACCCGCAGCGUCACCAGCCAGAGUGGAACCGAACACUAAAGUUACCAUUUCGUCUUACAAUGUCAUGACAGCACCAUAUGCACCUCCCUUAGACCUUCGAUUCCCGCUCAUUAUUGAUGCAAUCUCAUCAAUACCCUCUUCCUCAUCAGUCAAGGUGCUUUGUCUACAGGAGGUCAGCGCGGACAUGUUACCGCUGCUGCUUUCUGACCAUUUCAUUCAAAGGUCAUACCCGUAUUCGACCCACCAUCCCUCGACGCGCCUUCUGAGUCAGCGCAACCUAGUCACUCUAGCAUCAGUGCCGUUUACGCACCACGUUCUUCAAUUUGCGGAACACCACAAAUCCGCAUCAGUUGCCGAUUUUGGCAAUCUCGGUAUUCAAGUCGCAAACAUACACCUAACAAGCGCGUUGACAGACAAAUCAGUCCUGGCGAAAAGGAGCCAAAUGGACCUGUUGACGAGAUUCCUCGCCCGAGAUACCAGUGGAAAGGAGGUCUUUGUUGUUGGAGACUUCAAUCUUACGACAUCAGCGAAAACGAUUAAGACGGCUCUUGACGAACGUUUCAUCACCCGGAAGACCGCCCGGGUGUUGCAAGGCGUCAUCGACACUAGCUUGUGGAUCGACGUGUUUGAAAAUGUUAGUGCGCCGGCAUUGAAAGAUGGCUCUGAUGCCGAUACGGAAGGACAAGGGGGCGCUACUUUCGACCGAAUGACAAACAGGCUUGCUGCGAUGUCUGAAGGGCUCAUCGACAACCGACCACAGCGCUAUGACAGAAUACUUUUUCGCAAAGGCGGACGUUCGCAGGCGGAAAACUUCCUCAUAUUUGGACUCCCAGCUGACGACGAAACCUGCGCCAGUGAUCAUUACGGAAUCACGACAACGGUCAGUGUACGGCCUAUCCAAGCCGGAUCUGAACGUGUGCCAGGUACGGUUGCAACAGAUGGAGACGGAACUCUACCACAAAACAGUCGCAUUGAUGAUCGGCAAGCUGUCGAGAACCCCGUCGCUGAAUAUCGGAGUUUUCAAAGACCCCGACCCUCCACGUCAUCGUCAAGCUCCGAGAGGCCUGUAGUCAGUCUCCGAAAGCUUCCUUCCGCACAAGAUGUCAUAUCUCGUAUCCGCUGGGAUCCGUCAUUGUCUGCCUCUGAGUUUGUGGUAGGGUACUCAGACCGUUUUGCCGGCGUGAAAGAAAUCAAUUUGGUAAAAUGGAAGAUGGAAACUACGCAUCUAGAGUUCAUCCCCAUGCACCGUGUGAUGUGGAUAAAAAGGAAAGGGGAUGGUGGGGAGAAGGUGUGGAAUCGGGUUGAGAGGACGAUGACACUAGGUGUGGAAUGACACCCUCGACAGUAGUACAGUGACAGGUCAUAAGCCUCUGCACACGUGUUUACCGCUGCUUGUGGUACCCUCAUGGGCUUUCAAAAACCUGGGCACGAUAUCA